AUGCUGCAAGCAUCGUUGCUGCCGCUGGGCAACCAGGAAAUACUUACCGACUGUGUUUAUGACUUUUAUGGUCUAAGGCUAGCGGCAUCAGGAGUUGAUUCAAAAAUCAAGAUCUUUCGUCUCAAUGAGAGCACUGGCGAAUGGGCGUUCGAGCAUGAGUGGAAGGCACACGAUGCUCCAAUAACAAAAUUAUCCUGGGCCCAUCCUGAGCAUGGGUCCGUCAUUGCGUCAGCAUCCUUUGAUCGGACUGUAAAGAUAUGGCAAGAGAACCCCGGCCAAUCGACUUCUUCGCAGUCACGGUGGACAGAGAAGGCAAUUAUGACAGGGGCUAGGGGAAGCGUUAGGUCUAUCGAGUUUGCUCCUUCGGUAUUUGGCCUGAAGAUCGCGUCGAUUGCGACUGAUUCUUUGCUUCGUGUAUACGAGUGCUUGGAAAUAUAUAGUGCGAGCUCCUGGCAGCUCAUCGAAGAGAUCGAUGUUUUGACUCUCGGGAACCCGCCUAACCCACCGUCCCCCGCCCUGGCAUCGGCAACACCGACUCACUUGCCGAUGAAUCUCGAGGAGGGCUCUCCGCCAUAUGCCAGUUCUAUACAUCGCCCUAGCACCCCAACUACUCUUAGUAGUCCUAUAGGCUCAUUGAGCGCACCUGGUGGGAUCGCUGGGUCAAACCGAGAAGCCGAUAGCGGAUGGUGCUUGUCUUGGUGCAAGGACAAGUGGCAGGGGGAAGCCAUAGCUGUCGGAGCCGGGCCAGAGGCAGUGAUUAAGAUUGUAUCGCUCCCUCCAGCUCCUCAGAGUCCUAUCCUCCUGGCAACUCUGAAGCAUACAAGCUCUGAUCUCAGGGACAAGGAUUAUCCCGUCAGCUGUGUUUCUUGGGCACCGACUGCUGGACGGUCGUAUCAUCUGAUUGCAACUGGGAGCAAGGACACAUAUGUGCGAAUUUGGAAGGUCUCGUCCAAGUUGAACGCCAACGGACAAUUGGCAAGCUCUGGUGAUGAGACAUCCGAAGAAUGGGAGGUGCGACAAGUUGGGGAAUUUGAAGAUCACAAAUCAAACGUCGCUAGGUUAGAGUGGAAUAUUACUGGAACAGUCUUAUCUUCUGCCGGAGACGAUGGGCAGAUCAGGUUGUGGAAGUCUAUUUCAAACAUCUGGCAACGAAUUGGUUCUUUCAAUACACACCACGCUGUCGAAGAGGUCCUCGACAAUCAAGAUGAUGUAAUGCAAAGCAUAUAG